AUGGCGUCCGCGAUGCAGAAAUGCAUGUACGUCCUGGCGCUUCUGGUGUGUGGCUCUUUGAACACGCUCACCAUGAAGAUCGCUUUCACUAUGUCUGGCACGGUGGAUGGCCAGUCCGAGCGCUUUGAGAAGCCCUGGUUCAUCACCUUCGUCAUGUUCAUCGCCAUGUGCUUCGCCCUGCCCUUCGACCGCGGCAUGUGGGGAAAAGUAGGGUCCUCUGCAGAAAAGCCGCUGAUCGACGCCUCCAGCCAUUCUUCGCUUACGUGGCGAAAGAAGGUGGUCAAAGUGAUGUACCCUGCCUUCUUCGACAUUUUGGCCACAGGACUUUGCAGCAUGGGCUUUUUGUACAUCCCCGCUAGCGUUUGGCAGCUCCUACGUGGCGCGGAGAUCGUCUUCGCGGCGAUCUUCGCGGUGUGCUGCCUGAAGCGACGGCUCUUCAAGUUCCACGCGCUGUCCCUCUGCUUCUGUGUGGCCGGGAUCGCCUGCGUGGGUCUCGCCAGCGUGUGGGGCAGCGAGGCAGAGGCCGAAGCCAAAGGCAGUGAGAACAGCGCUGCGCUGCAGAUGCUUGGCAUCGGCUUGGCGCUGAGCGGGCAAGUGGUGCAAGCUGCCCAGGCCGUGGCGGAGGAGUGGCUCCUCAAGGAUGUGGAUCUGCCCGGGCUGCAGGUGGUGGGCUUCGAGGGUGUGUGGGGCGCUCUGGCCAUGAUGGUCGUCGUGCUGCCAAUGGUUCAGAUGCUGCCAGGGAGUGAUGAUGGUCACCUGGAGGAUGAGUACAACGCGGUGCAGUUGCUGAGGAGCAGCUCGUCGCUCUCAGGGCUCAUGCUGCUCUAUACCUUCUCUUGCGCCACCUACAACAUGUCGGGCAUCGCAGUUACUGGGGCGCUCUCUGCCGUGCACCGGGUCAUGCUGGAGGCACUCCGAACCUUGAUCGUUUGGAUCUUCGGGCUGUCUGUGCAUUACCUCGUUGACCCCAAGUCUCUCAUCGGGGAGGUGUGGACGGCUUGGAGCUGGCUGGAGGUCGUGGGAUUCGUACUGCUGGUGCUGGGCCAGAUGAUCUACGGCGAGAUGCUGAAGGUGCCGGGCCUGUACUACCCGCCGCACGAGGAGAUGGACGAAUCAGCUUUAGCUUCACCCGGCGGCGUGAAGAACCUCUACUCCCCGGUGCUACGGAUGAGCCCCAGUCGUUCACCGUCGACGUAG